AUACUCACAAAUAAAAACGCUGUUAUCAGGAAUCUCUGCAGACCACAACCCUGCAGAGGCUGGGUCAUUAUUCAAUCCAAGACAAGAGGAUUUCUUCAAGCAGUGUUGAGGAUGAGGACGCUGGGUCUUCAGGUGGUUUUCACCUGUGUUCUCCUACAGGUUCCAGGAUGUUUCCCAUCAUGCAUCAUCAGGGGCUCUGUGGCCAACUGUGCCUUCCGGAGACUGGUUUCAGUUCCCGCUCUCCCUCCGAACAUCACUCACCUGUACCUGGAGAUGAACCACAUCCGUGAGAUCAACUCCACCUCCCUGUCAGGCCUGGAACAGCUGCAGGUGCUGGACCUUGGGGGACAGCGGUCGCCGCUCGUGAUCAGAGGCGACGCCUUCAGCAGACAGAGUCGCCUGAGGAAGUUGAUACUCGGCAUGAACUUCGGCCUUCAACUGGAGGCGCAAGCCUUCGUGGGGCUAUCUGGUUUGCAGGAGCUCCACCUGGAUUCUUGUUCACUUGAAGAGUCGAUACUGAAGGAAGACUUCCUGCAGCCGCUGUCGUCUUUAGAGACUCUUAGCCUCUUUGGGAACCGCAUAAAGAGACUGCAGCCUUCGAUGUUCUUCACAAACAUGACUAAUUGGAAAAAUCUGAACCUGAAGCUGAACAAAAUCGAUAAAAUAUGUGAAUCAGAUCUGGUUGGUUUCCAGGGGAAGCACUUUGAGGUCCUGAACUUGGACUCGGUUCACCUUGAGGCCAUGUCUGAUAAAAACUUUGACUGGAAGAAAUGUGGGAAUCCUUUCAGGGGAAUGUCCUUUCAGAUGCUCGACCUGUCCUACAAUGGGCUUGGCAUGGGUAAAUUGAAGCAGUUUCUCAGAGCCAUCGAGGGGACGAAGAUCUCCCACCUCAAACUGUCAGGACCAAUGGGUAGAGGGUUUUCCUUCAAUAACCUCCCCGAUCCAGACCAAAGCACGUUUGAUGGCUUAAAGAACAGCUCAGUCCUCACUUUGGAUCUGUCCAAAAACAUGAUAUUUGCGCUGCAACAGGGGGUUUUCAGUCCGCUGAAAGAGGCUGUGAUGAUUGACGUUUCCCAAAACAAGGUGAAUCACAUACACAGAAACGCCUUCAAAGGUCUUCAGGGUCAUUUACAAUUGCUCAACCUGUCGCACAACCUGCUCGGGGAAAUCUACUCUUACACUUUUGCUCCUCUGACAAACCUGCAAGUGUUGGACUUGUCUCACAAUCACAUUGGUGCCUUGGGUUAUGACUCGUUCAGCGGACUUCCCAACCUGAGAGGCUUGUUUCUGACAGGAAACGCUCUGCGAGACCUAGGUUUCCCUGCACCGUUACCAAGAUUAGAUUAUCUUCUGUUGAACGACAAUAAGUUGACGCCCUCGUCGGUGAACAGCAUCAUUCGGUUCGCUAGUAACAUCAGGCAUCUGGGCAUUGAGGACAACAGGUUGACGAACCUGGCGGAUGUUUACACCUUUCUGACUCAGCUGAAACGCCUCCAGCAUCUCUUCUACAGAAGAAACACAAUCAAGUGGUGCACUCUCAGUCAACAAGAGUCCAGAAUUGGCCCGAAUAACCUCACAGUCCUGGAUCUUGGCAGCAGCUCCCUACAGUCUGUCUGGUCUCAGGGCAAAUGUCUGAAUCUGUUCGACAACCUCGGACAUGUGGUCAGCCUCAGCUUGAGCUCUAAUGGUCUGCAGUCCCUUCCUCAAGGCAUCUUCAAGGGUCUCACCUCAGUGGUCGAGAUGGACCUAUCGUCGAACGCCUUGACGCAUCUCGAACCUGAGGUGUUACCCAAAACUUUGAAAACACUCAACCUAUCCAACAACUUCAUAUCCUCUCCGGACGUGACUGCUUUCCAGUCUCUCAGGUACCUCAACCUCAAAAUGAACCGAUUCCACUGCAACGCCAACCUGAAGAGUUUUCUGACCUGGCUGAACAAGACCAACGUCACUUUCCUGAGUCCAGUUCAGGAGCUCAGAUGUGAAUUUCCAUCUGAUCUCUACAAAGUUACUCUGUUAGAUUACUCUGCUCAGGUCAAGCAGCAGUAAAAGCUUUUAAAAGCUGAGCAAAUUAUACAAAACUAAUCAGAGUAUGAACCAGAGUGAGGAUUUGUUGUCCUCUGUAUGAUCCAAAUUUGAAGUACGUGUCAAGAAUCUAAGAAAAAAAUCCCUGAAAUGAGCUGAAACUGUAAUAUGUGCGAGUAAAUGUAAUAAAAUCAUAUUAAAAAUGUU